AUGCUCUCACGUGUUGCUGCGGUGAAGGCACCCCGCCCACGCAACCGUCGCCGCGUGACCGGAUCCAGCGGAAGGAGGAGGGAUGGAAGAGAGAGUGAGCCGCAGAGGCCCCACAUGUCCCGGCGUGUGUUUGCUUCCGCGGUGCUGCUUCUACUUGUUGUGAUAAUGUGCUGCAACACUGGUGGAGCUGCAGCCGUUGUGCAGGGUAAUUCCGGGGAUGCGCAGCUGCUUCAAUGGGUCGAUAUUUUUGUGCCGGAAAAGACGCAGGUGCUGCCCAAAGAGGGGUCUAAAAGUGAAGUGAAGAAAGCAUCUGCUGCGCCUUCUCUUGUCAGUGCUGGUGGAGUAAUGGUUGCCUUUGCUGAAAGCUUGUUUGGUUAUAACAUCGAUGAACAUCACUUGCUUGGGAUUCGGCCUUACGAAAUUGUGGCCGGGUACAUCAAGGCUGCGGAAUCGUGGCCGUCCAUUGUCGCUGAGGUCAAUGCUGGUAAAUGGAGGGCACACACCGUUUUUGGAAGUAGGAAUGGCAGUGAUCGUGUGUGUUUUUUGUGCCGGCCCACAGCAGUUGCAAAGGACAAUAAGGUGUUUCUGCUUGUGGGAAGCGAUACUGUAGGAUAUUACAGCGAUGAUGAUGUGUGGGUGCAAGAUGGCUGGGAUAUUAAACUAGUUGAGGGUGUGGCCACGCAGUCCACGGACGGCAGGCAGAAUACACUGGUCAGCUGGGCUCAACCCAAGUCGCUUUUAAAACAUAUCCCCAAUCACACUCGAGAUCAGCUGAGGGAUGUUGUGACUGCUGGUGGUUCAGGCGUUUUGAUGCAGAAUGGCACGCUUGUGUUUCCCCUGGUGGUGAAUGGGGAAAAAUACCCUUUUUCCUCAAUCACUUAUUCGACGGACAACGGCAACAACUGGGUGUUCCCAGAGAGCAUUUCUCCUGUAGGAUGCCUUGAUCCCCGCAUCACCGAAUGGGAGAAGGGACACAUUCUCAUGAUUGUUGACUGUGUGGAUGGCCAGACUGUGUACGAGUCGCGUGACAUGGGGAAAACGUGGACGGAGGCCAUCGGGACACUCUCGAGCGUGUGGGUCAGGUCACAACCAGGAUUCCGUUGGGACGAAGGAUUGCGUGUGGGAGCCCUCAUCACCGCCACCAUUGAGGGAGUGAAGGUCAUGCUGUACACUCAGAGAGGGUACGCCUCGGGGAAGAAUAGGGCCAAUGCCCUCUACGUUUGGGUCACGGACAACAACCGCACUUUUCAUGUUGGACCGCUUUUUGUGGAGAAUAAUGUGAAUGAGACGCUUGCCAACGCCCUGCUGUACUCGGAUGGUGCGUUGCACCUUUCACGAGAGAGUAUUGUGGGAACGCGCUGGGGCAUAUCCCUUGCCCGCCUGACGGAGGAGCUGAAUGCAAUCAGGUCCGUUCUCAGUAAUUGGGCGAGACUGGACGCCUUCUUCUCCAAGUCGUCCACACCCACGGCUGGUCUGGUGGCGGUUUUGUCCGAUGAGGCCAACGAUGGCACGUGGGUUGACGAUUACCGCUGCGUGAAUGCAAGCGUGACGAAGGCAGCGAAGGUCAAAAAUGGUUUUAAAUUCACGGGGCCUGGGUCCAGGGCAACAUGGCCCGUGAACAGCCGGGAGGAUAAUAAUCAGUACGGCUUUGUGAACCACGAUUUCACUAUUGUGGCGACGGUGGUCAUCCACCAGGUUCCGAAGGAGAGCACUCCUUUGCUGGGUGCGGGUCUGGGGGACGGUUCCGGUAAGAAGAUCAUUGGGCUGUCGUACAGCAUGAUUAAAACGUGGGAGACGGUGUUUGAUGGGACAACAAAAGCACAGAAAAACACUUGGGAGCUGGGGAGAGAAUACGAGGUGGCGCUUAUACUUCAGGACGGCCACAAGGGCUCUGUGUACGUGGAUGGUGUAAUUGUGGGGAGCUCGGAAGCGAUAACAACACUUGAGACGCAGGGGCAUGAAAUCACUCAUUUCUACUUUGGGGGUGACGAGGGAGACAGCGACAGCAAUGUGACGGUGACGAACGUCUUUUUGUACAAUCGCCCACUGAAUUCCACUGAGAUACGUGCACUCAAGGGAAGGGCACCCGUUUCGACAAGGGGUCCGGAAACCCAAGUGGAGGGAAUGGCCACCACAGAGCAUGUGGCCGCGGUGCCUGGCCCAGUGGAAUUACCAGCAGCACCGGGGAGGACAACUAUGGAAAGAGCUACAACCACAGAACAUGCGGCUGCGGUAAGCUUUACCUCUGCUGGGAGCGGAAUGCAGCCGCUACUUUUUCUGCUCGGGCUGUGGGGCUUUGCGGCUGCGUGA